CGCGCUCCUCAUCUGCCCCGCGCCGAUCGCUGCCGCCGCCGCCGCCGCCGCCGCUCCGCUGCCCGCGCCGCCCGCGGCUCCCGAUGGAGACUGACGCGCCCCAGCCCGGCCUCGCCUCCCCGGACUCGCCGCACGACCCCUGCAAGAUGUUCAUCGGGGGACUCAGUUGGCAGACUACGCAGGAAGGGCUGCGCGAGUACUUCGGCCAGUUCGGGGAGGUGAAGGAGUGUCUGGUGAUGCGGGACCCCCUGACCAAGAGAUCCAGGGGUUUCGGCUUCGUCACUUUCAUGGACCAGGCGGGGGUGGAUAAAGUGCUGGCGCAAUCGCGGCACGAGCUCGACUCCAAAACAAUUGAUCCCAAGGUGGCCUUUCCUCGGCGAGCACAGCCCAAGAUGGUGACUCGAACGAAGAAGAUCUUUGUGGGGGGGCUAUCAGUGAACACCACGGUGGAAGAUGUGAAGCAAUAUUUUGAGCAGUUUGGGAAGGUGGACGAUGCCAUGUUGAUGUUUGACAAAACCACCAACCGGCACCGAGGGUUCGGGUUUGUCACGUUCGAGAGCGAGGACAUUGUGGAGAAAGUGUGUGAGAUCCACUUCCAUGAAAUCAACAACAAAAUGGUGGAAUGUAAGAAAGCUCAGCCAAAAGAGGUGAUGUCGCCAACGGGCUCGGCCCGGGGAAGGUCUCGAGUCAUGCCCUACGGAAUGGACGCCUUCAUGCUGGGCAUCGGCAUGCUGGGUUACCCCGGUUUCCAAGCCACAACCUAUGCCAGCCGGAGUUAUACAGGCCUCGCUCCUGGCUACACCUACCAGUUUCCCGAAUUCCGUGUAGAGCGGACCCCUCUCCCGAGCGCCCCAGUCCUCCCCGAGCUUACAGAUCUCAGAUUCCAAGAGAAGCCAGAAACCCAGCUUUUCCUCCGGAAUGGAUUUUUCCAUCAUUUUCAAAUGUUGGCAACAGAUUCCAAAUUGUUAAACCACUGCAGGCCAAAUGAAACCCAUUCGAGGGCGAAAUCCAGCCCUCGGGGCUGUCCAUUUGCAACUUCUGAGCAAGUGGAUGAAGCCAUUCCUCUCACUGCUUAUGGACCAAUGGCGGCGGCGGCGGCGGCAGCAGCUGUGGUUCGAGGGACAGGCUCUCACCCCUGGACGAUGGCUCCCCCUCCAGGUUCAACUCCCAGCCGCACGGGGGGCUUCCUAGGGACCACAAGCCCUGGCCCCAUGGCCGAGCUCUAUGGGGCAGCCAACCAGGACUCGGGGGUCAGCAGUUACAUCAGCGCUGCCAGCCCCGCCCCCAGCACCGGCUUUGGCCACAGUCUUGGGGGCCCUUUGAUUGCCACAGCUUUCACCAAUGGGUACCACUGAAGCAGGAGACAGGUGGCAGGAGCGCCCCAGCCUGCAGCUGACUGAGGACCGCAGUGAGCCAGCGAAGGGGGGGCGGGGACACCUCAGCCGCAGCCGCCGCCCCCUCCCCCGCAGCGACUCGGACCGCUACUGCCUGCCCCCCACUCCCUGGGCCCGGCCCCUGCCCUGCUGCCCCUGGACAGCGUCUGGCUCCCCUACUAACCUCCCUCCCUUCCGCCCUUGGCUCCCCUCCCCACCUGCCCCUCUCCUGCCCGCUUUUAUUUAUUUUGGAUUAGCCGGUUGCCCCCCACCCUCCUGGUUCUCCCCUCUCAGGUCUGCGCCCCUCCCCCCUGCCGCGCCCCCAUAGGACCCUCUCCCCAGAAGGCUUUUGUAUUUGUGCAUAGCUAGAGUGAGGGCGGAGGGGGUCUGCUACAGGCCGCAAGCCCUACGCUUGUUUUUUUAUUCUGAUUUCCCUUCCUUUUCUCUUUCCUUUUUUUUUUUUUUUUUAAAGAAACCGUUUUUUAAACUAUUUCUAGGUUUGUGAAUGUGAAGCCCCAGGCCGCAGGGGGCCAGGGGCCAGGUGCCCCCCACCAGCUGAGAACAAAAUGUAUGUCUAUGCGGGUGUGGGCCCCUGGCCACCUCCCUCCAGCCCUGGAAAGGAGGCCAGGGUUGUGUCGGCCAGGCCACGCCCCUGGAACCAUCCCGUCCUGUAUCAUAUGUAAAUACUGCGAGGUGAAGCCUCUCCCCCUCUCGAAGACCCCUUGGGGGUGAGGGCAUUGCCUCGCCCCACCCGGCAAAGGCCUCCCCCUGUGUUUCUGUCUCCUCCUCAGACACCGUUACUGUAAGCUUGCAGGCCUCAACUGUGGCCAAGGCAAGCCCGCUCGCUCAGGCCCUAGGGGUCAAGGCCUUGGGCCUGCUCACCCCGAAAACCCAGCAUGGGGGCAAGGGGUGAGGAAAGAGAAGGGCUCGCCCGGAACCACUGCUGGAAAGGAAUUAACUCUCCAAAGGCCUCCCCCCUGUCCCCUACCUAGGUCAGGCCUUCAUGGUUUCUGCUCUGAGCCCCCCAUGAGCGGGCAUCAAGGGGGUACUUGGGAAGGGGCGGACCCCAGGGGAAAGCAAAGGGCUUCUCAGGGAACCCCCACAUUCUCUCACUGAAGUUUCCCAUCAGGAUGGUCCCAUGGCCAGAGCCCCUUAGCAUCCCCGAGCCCCCGAGCCCCCUUCAAAGGAAAAAGGGGCUCAGUGUCUGACUCUUCAUGAACAUGAGUGACCUGGCUGGCAUGGCAGGGCCGAGGCCCGCCUCCCUGUUGUUGACCCUCCCUCUGUGUCCCUCCCCCCCAGGUCUGAGGCUGGGGACCUAAGCUCUCUUCCCCAUCAUGGUUCCCAUCCCCGAAAACCCCUUUGGAGAGUUAAUUGUCUGUGUGAGGUGCUUAACCUAUUAGCCCUGAGAACACAAAGCAAUAAUCUUUGUUACUGAGAUGCGCGGCUGUUCGUGGUUUUGUUUUUUUUUUUAAUGUUUCCUAAUAAAAGAGAAGCUGCAUUUUAUUGGUUUUUAUUUUUAAUUUUCUACACGUUUGAGCUGAGUCAUGAGAGGCUCAGCUUCCUUCUCCUCCCCUUCCUGUGACCCCGCCCCACCCCGCUGGGCCCACCUAUGGGCUCAGGGCCCUGGAAUUCCGUUUUCUGAUUUGUUUGGGGAAUUUUAAAAAAAAGAUGUUACAUGGUGUUUUGAAGCCAGCAAGUUACCACCCUCCGGUGUCUCUUCUCUCCACAUCUGUAACUUCUUUUUCCAGGUUUUAUUUUCAGUUUUAAAUUCCUAAUAAAUUAUUU